UGCGCGCCCUAGCCAAGCCCCAGGAACUAUGCCGCGGCGCCUGCAGCCUCGGGGCGCGGGCACAAAGGGCCCGCCUGCCACGACCGCUUCGGAGGUCGCCUCGCGCUCCCACCCCCCCGCCUCCGGGGACCCACCAGUGUCGGUCAAGCCGCUGCUGCGCUGGGACGAGGUGCCCGACGACUUCGUGGAGUGCUUCAUCCUGUCGGGCUACCGGCGGCUGCCCUGCACCGCGCAGGAGUGCCUAGCCUCGGUGCUGAAGCCUACGAACGAGACGCUCAACUUCUGGACACACUUCAUCCCGCUGCUGCUGUUCCUGAGCAAGUUCUGCCGCCUGUUCUUUAUGAGCGGCCACGACGUGCCCUUCCACCACCCGUGGCUGCUGCCGCUGUGGUGCUAUGCAUCGGGCGUGCUGCUGACCUUCGCCAUGAGCUGCACGGCGCACGUGUUCAGCUGCCUAUCUCUGCGCCUGCGGGCCGCCUUCUUUUACCUGGACUACGCCUCCAUCAGCUACUACGGCUUCGGCAGCACGGUGGCCUACUAUUACUACCUGCUGCCGGGCCUGAGUUUGUUGGACGCCAGAGUGAUGACCCCGUACGUGCAGCAGCGCCUGGGCUGGCACGUGGACUGCACACGCCUCAUUGCCGCCUACCAGGCGCUGGUGCUGCCCGUGGCCUUCGUGCUGGCCGUGGCCUGCACUGUGGCCUGCUGCAAGAGCCGCACUGACUGGUGCUCUUACCCAUUCGCGCUGCGCACCUUUGUGUUUGUCAUGCCGCUCAGCAUGGCCUGCCCAAUCAUGCUCGAGAGCUGGCUCUUUGACCUGCGCGGGGAGAACCCCACGCUCUUUGUGCACUUUUACCGCCGCUAUUUCUGGCUGGUGGUGGCUGCCUUCUUCAAUGUGAGCAAGAUCCCCGAGCGCAUCCAGCCAGGCCUCUUCGACAUCAUCGGCCACAGCCACCAGCUCUUCCACAUCUUCACGUUCCUCAGCAUCUACGACCAGGUGUACUACGUGGAAGAGGGCCUGCGCCAGUUCCUCGAGGCGCCACCGGCCGCGCCCACCAUCUCAGGCACCGUGGGCUACAUGCUGCUGCUGCUGGUCUGCCUGGCGCUGGUCAUCAAGAGGUUUCUGAGCAGCUCCGAAUUCUGUAGUAAGAAGUGAGCCUCACCCUAGCCGGGGCUGUUGGUUCGCCCACACCUGUUUACUGGGUUUCUGUUGCUGCUGUUGGUUUGUCUUCAAGUUUUGCUGUGUUUCCUCGAGGAAGGUGCUGCAAAACCACAGGGAAAAAGUGCAGUGGGGCGUGGGGGUCUCAGUCCACCUGGAGCUCCAGAAGAGGGAGGUGGGUCAGGCAGGAGGGAGAGGGCCACUAGUUUUCGCCCCUGGGAAAUAUUUCGGUGGUGUCUGUGACAUCCGGGGAUUUUUUCAAAGGCGGAGAAUAAAAUCCCAAAUAAAACCCCGAA